GGCGCGGGACCGGAAGCGAGCGGGGCAGCGGCGCGCGGGGCCGGGACCGCGCGGGCAGUGCCCCCCCGUGAGGCCGCGAUGGGGGACAGCGAUGACGAGUACGACCGGCGGCGCAGGGACAAGUUCCGGCGGGAGCGCAGCGACUACGAGCGCUCCCGGGAGAGGGACGAGCGCAGACGGGACGACUGGAGCGACCGGGACUGGGAGCGGGGCCGGGAGCGCCGCAGCCGGGAUUACCGGGACUACGACCGGACCCGGCGGGAGCGCUUCUCACCGCCCCGGCACGAGCUGAGCCCGCCGCAGAAACGGCUGCGCCGGGACUGGGAUGACCACGGCACUGACCCCUACCACAGUGGCUACGAGCUGCCCUACAGCGGGGGCGGGGCCGGCCCCACCUACGGCCCCCCCCAGGCGCCCUGGGGCCCCCACGAGAUGCAGCACCAGCUGCUGCAGCACCAGCUGCUGCCCAUCCAGGCCAGGCUGGGCACCAUCGCCGAGGUGGACCUGGGCAUGGCGCCGCCGGUGAUGAAGAGCUUCAAGGAGUUCCUGCUGUCGCUGGACGACGCCGUGGACGAGACGGAGGCGGUGAAGCGCUACAACGACUACAAGCUGGACUUCCGGCGGCAGCAGCUGCAGGAGUUCUUCCUGGCCCACAAGGACGAGGAGUGGUUCCGCUCCAAGUACCACCCGGACGAGGCCGGGAAGCGGCAGCAGGAGGCCCAGGCCGCCCUCAGGAACCGCCUCAGCGUCUUCCUGUACCUGUGGGAGCACGGCUGGUUCGACAACCUGCUCCUGGACAUCGACCGCGCCCCGCAGAUCAUCAAAACCCUCGACGCAGCGGUGAUUAAGAUGGAGGGGGGCACCGAGCACGACCUGCGGAUCCUGGAGCAGGAGGAGGAGGAGGAGCGGACGGAAAAGGCCGAAGGCCCCAAAAAGGAGGAGCCGCGGCCGCCGGAGCCCCCCGGGAAAGGCCCCACGGAGCGCCCCGAUGGCGACGACAGCACCAAGGCCGAAGGGGCGGAGCCAGGGGCGGAGCCUGCGGCAGGGGCGGGGCCAGAGGAGGAGGAGGAGGGGCCGGACAAGGGGCCCAAGGCCGAGGAAGGCGACAAGGAGGGCGGGGCCAAGGCGCGGCCGCGCCAGCGCAGCCGGGACAGCGAGGACGGGGACAGCGACAGCGGGGACAGCGAGGGGGGGGCACGGAGAGCCCCCGGCAAGGACGAGGAGCCCAAGGAGGAGAAGGCCGCGGGCGGGGACGGCGCCGGGACCCCUCCCCCCGCGGGCGCCCCCUCCCCCAAGGGCAAGGAGGGGGCUCCGGGGGGGGCCCCGGGGGGCGGCCCCGAGGCGCGGCCGCGGCCGCUGCACAAAACCUGCUCGCUGUUCAUGAGGAACAUCGCGCCCAACAUCGCCCAGGCCGAGAUCGUGGCGCUGUGCAAGCGCUACCCCGGGUUCAUGCGCGUGGCGCUGUCGGAGCCGCAGCCCGAGAGGAGGUUCUUCAGGAGGGGCUGGGUGACCUUCGACCGCAGCGUGAACAUCAAGGAGAUCUGCUGGAGCCUGCAGAACAUCCGGCUGCGGGAGUGUGAGCUGAGCCCCGGCGUGAACCGGGACCUGACGCGCCGCGUGCGGAACGUGUCCGGGCUGACGCAGCACCGCCCCAUCGUGCGGCACGACAUCAAGCUGGCCGCGCGGCUGGUGCAGGCCCUGGACGCCCGCGCCCGCCUCUGGAGCCCCCCGGGCGCGGCCGCGGAGCCCCCCGGGGACGGCGGGGACGCGCCCGGCCAGCCCGAGCCCCCGCCCGCCGCCGAGCCCGGGGCCCAGAACCCCGUGCUGCGGCACAUCACCGAUUACCUGAUCGAGGAGGUGAGCGCCGAGGAGGAGGAGCUGCUGGGGCAGGGCCAGGGCCAGGGCCAGGGCCAGGGCCAGGGCCAGGGCGCGGCCCCGGCCGAGGACGCGGCGCGCGAGACCAACCCGGCCGAGGUCACCGUGGAGCGCGACGAGAAACUGCUCAAGGUGCUGGACCGCCUCCUGCUCUACCUGCGCAUCGUGCACUCGGUCGAUUACUACAACACCUCCGAGUACCCCAACGAGGACGAGAUGCCCAACAGGUGCGGGAUCAUCCACGUGCGGGGCCCGCUGCCCCCCAACCGCGUGUCCCACGGCGAAGUGUCGGAGUGGCAGCGCGGGUUCGAGGCCCCAAUCCCA